AUGACAUGGUUUGGAAGGUCAAAGGGUCGACGGUCGAAAUCUUUGGAUCAAUCGCAACCUCAACCUCAACCUCGUCCUCGUCACCAGCAGUCGCAGUCGGUGCAAUAUGUGGCCAGUGCGAUACCGCAACCUCUGCCGCAUCAGCAACAGCCAGUAUAUGCGAUGCCAGCGGGGGGAUACUCGAUGAACUCACUCCCUACGUAUCCUGCAUAUUCUCCACAGCCUGUCCAGCCUGUACCUGCACAACAUGCACCCCCGGUCGCAUAUCAACAUGCCAUGUCAACAUCAACACUCCAUCUACCACCACAACCUCCACCGCACCCCAGUCCAUCCCCAAAUCCCGGACUGACGCAACGAUCGCUUGCAAAAUGGCAGUCAUGCACGGAUAUAUCGAAGAUCAUGGUCUCGCAGACAGUUGGGGCGGCGAACAAUACAAUGACCGGAUCAAAGAACAUGGUCGUCGGAAUGACCCAUGCCACGAUGAACAGUUCGAGGAAUAUGGUCGGCAUAGCGCAUCUCACCGUAGCGGAUCUGGAACAGCAGCUGAAGGACUGUAUUAUGAGUGGGGUGGAUGUGUAUGCGGUCAUGUCGAAGAAAUUGGAUCAGAUCAUCACCUCGAUUGAUGAUGGGUUGUUUACGGGGAAGGAUAAGGAGAUGGUUGUCGCGUACGCUGUCAAGCAUAAAGAGGGUUCGAAAGAGAAGGAUAAGACUGUUCGACAUACUUGCACGACGUACUUUUCCAAGGUCUACCUUUACUCUAAUUCGCGAUUACCAUCUAACCUCCCUCCUUUGAAGCUAUACCGCCCCGCCUAUCCCCUCCUACGCCUCGCAGCGCAAUAUUCCCGUGACGUGUAUGAACGACCCACAGGUGUUGAACGGCAUUCAUUUGUCGAUUCCGACUGGCGCCACGGCACCAAGGCGAUGGUAAUCAAGUCCCUUUUAGUCGAUGACAUGGACACGAUCGUCUUCGCCAUCCGCGGCACGCAGAGCUUCCGUGACUGGGCCGUCAACAUGAAGACAGAACCAACAUCUCCACACCACUUCCUCGACGAUCCCAGCAACUUCUGCCACGCAGGCUUCCUAUCCGUCGCGCGGAAGAUGGUAGCACCUGUCGCUGCGCGCCUGCGUAGCAUCCUUGCUGAGAAUCCCCGUCGGUCAGGGUAUACUUUACUUCUGACUGGGCAUUCGGCCGGCGCGGCUGUCGCAAGUCUACUAUACUGCCACAUGCUUUCGGCGACGGUACGGUCUGAACUGACGCCUCUGCGAGACUACUUCAAGUGUAUCCACUGCGUCUCGUUCGGAUCACCACCUGUAUCUCUCCGUCCACUGCAGGUGCCCAUGCAGAAAACGUCAAUGUUCUUCUCGUUCAUCAAUGAGGGCGAUCCUGUGCCUAGAGCUGAAAAAGCCUACGUCGUCUCUCUGCUCGAUCUCUACGUCUCCCCGACAACCAACUUCUCGUUCGGAGCACGAAGACAGGAACGCAUGGGCAACCGGGCGCCUCGCGCCUGGCUCACUCCUCCGGCCACUUUAUCUAGAGCGGGGCUAUUGAUUCUUCUCCGGGAGAGGAAGAGUGGAGUGAUUCCAGAGGAUGCAUCGGUAUCAGGUGAUGAAGUGGUAGAGGCGCUAGUGACGACCGAUGCACAAGUGAGGGAGGUAGUAUUUGGCGAUCCAUUAAUGCACACGAUGGAUUUGUACGCGAAACGCAUCGACGAACUUGCCAGACACUGCUCAUCAUUCACAAUACCCAACUAG